UCAACGCCAGCUGUAAGCUUUCUCAAACUUCUUAGGCGCGCGUUUCGGCUCCGGGCCCGUGGGUCUCACUUCCCCCUCUUUAUUUGUGGCGCGGCCCGCAAAUGGCCGCCGCUGCUCCCAUCUUCCACCUGGGCGCGACAGAUGGCUGGGUGAACGACCCCAACGGCCCACUGCUGCACCGCGGCCGCUACCACCUCUUCUACCAGUACCUCCCCCGCCAGGCUCACUGGAGCUGGGGCCUGGCCUGGGGCCACGUGGCCAGCACCGACCUGGUCACGUGGCGCCGACUGCCGCCUGCGCUGAUGCCGGGGCUGGGCUUCGACGACAUCGGGCCGCCGCCGCCGCAGCAGCAGCAACAGUCGCAGCAGCAGCAGCAGCCGCAGCGGCAGCGGCCGUUGGGUGAGGUGGCGGGCCCUGGUGCUGGUGGUGGUGCGGCUACCGGCGGCGGCGGUGGCGGCAGCAGCGGGGGCGGAGGCGGGGACGGAGGCGGGGACGGGGUGGACCAGCAGCAGCAGCCCGCGCUGUUGCCGCUGCCUGACCCGCACGAACCCAGUGCUCCGGACUCGGGCGGCUGCUUCAGCGGCUGUGCGGUGGUGGACGAGUGCGGGGUGCCCACACUGCUGUACACGGGGGUCAGGCUGCGGCCGGGUGUGGACCCGUGGGGCACAGCCACGUACGGCACAGUGAGCCUGAUGGCGGAGGAGGCGCAGCUGGCGGCCCGGGCGGCGGACCCGGACGACCCCGACCUGAAGGUGUGGGUGAAGCAGCGGCGGCCCUGGACGGCCGCACCCCCCGCCCUGCCGCCACCGUUGCAGCCAUCGCCUGAUGAAGAGCAGGCGGCGGCAUCGAACCCAGCAGAACAGCAGCAGGGGCAGCAGGAGGGGCAGCAGGAGCAGCAGCACGCGGUCAUUAACUGCUUUCGAGACCCCUUUGUGGUGCUACAGCCCACCCGCGGCGGCAGUAGCAGUAGCAGUGGCAAGCGGGCAAGUGCCGGCACUACAGGAGUUAAAGAGGUGCUGGAGGCUGAGGCGGCUCCGACGGGUGAGGCACUGAUGAAGGCCGGAGGCGCGGGAAGCGACGGUGACGGCGACAGGGGAAGCGGCGCUCAAGGUGCGGAGUCCACUGCCGCGACAGCUGCGGCGCUGUCCCCAACCACCUCUGGCUGCGGCGGGGAGUGGGUCGUGGCUGCGGCGCUCAGUGAGGGACCCGGCAGUAGCAACGGCGGCAGUAGCAGCGGCAGUAGCAGCCCGGGAAGCAGGGCGGUGGGAGGCGGCCGCGGCAGUGCCGGUGCCAGGGUCAGCGGCACUGCGGUGUUGGUUGCUGCCGCUCCCCCCCGCUCAGCAGCGGGCGUGUUACCCACCGCCUUGCCAAUGCCUGACGCGGUCUUUGCGGCGGCGGCGGCGGCCGCCGGUCCCGCUGGCAGUAGCAGCAGUAGCAGCCGCAGUCCACAGCUGCGACCGCGCCAGCCCACGGUUCCCCACCCGGCUGUGCCACACGGCUGGCCCCCCAGUGCUACAGCCGCCGCCUCACCGCCCGCCACUGCCACAGCUACUGCCAAGUCCGCGCCUGCUGCUGCUGCUGCUCCUGCCAGCCCUGCACCAGCUGCAGCAGCAGCUGCUACAGCCGCUGGCGGUAGUGACGAUGACUGGGAGAUUGUGACGGAUGAGGCAGGCGGCAGUAGCAACGGCAGCGGCGGCGGCAGUAGCAGAGGUCAUAGGGCGGCAGCAGCCCCACCCACCGCAAGGCCGCCGAGAAUGCAGGGCGUCGGACCUCCUGAGGGCGUACGUAAUGGUGGGCGUGGGGACAGUGGCGGCGUGGCGGCUGGCAGCAGCAGUAGCAGGGAGACAGCUAGCGGUGGCGGCGGCGACGAGAACAGUGGCAGCGGCAACAACAGCCGAGGCGGCGGCGAAGGCGGCGGCGCGGAGCAGGCGGCGGCGGCGAGUGGGGGCGGCGGCAGGGCCGAGGCCGCGCUGGCGCGGGCCGCCGCAGCGGCGCAGCGGGCGGCGGCGGCCGCGGAGCGGGUUGCUGCCCUGAGGCGCCCGCUGCUGGGGACCGCCCUCCCUGCAGCUGGAGCGACACCUGGUGAUGAGGGGUCACGUGCUGGCGACAGCAGGGCGGCGGGCGGCCAUCAGGCGGGCAAGGAUGGUAAUGAUGGCAAGGAUGAUGAUGGUGAUGAUGCCGGUGAUGGUCAUGAUGGUCAUGAUGGUGAUGGUUAUGGUGAUGGCGGCGGCGGCGAGCUGGACACAUUCUUCUGCGUGUCACCCGGCAUCUGCGGCAGCAUCUACUGGAUGUGCCGCCAGCUGCUGAGGACGACCAGCAGCAGCAGCAGGGCUCACCACGAGCCGCCGCCGCACCAGCAAGAGCAAGAGCAGCCACCGCACACGGCACAGCCGCAUCCACCUCCGCCGCCACCACCGCAACCGCCGCAGCCGCACAAAGCGCCGCCGCCGCCGCCACCGCCGCACACGGCACAGCCGCCGCCGCCGCCGCCGCCGCCGCUGCGACUGGACCUGAGUAGUGCAGCUGCGGCUGGUGGCAGUGGGUCGGCAGAUGGGCCGCAUCCGCUGGACCUGGGCGAUGUGGUGUACGCGCCCAACCUGCUCACAGACGCCCGGGGCCGUGUGGUCAUGUGGGCCUGGAUCAAGGAGCGACACGUGCCGCCACCGCCGCCGCCUCCUCGGGCGGCCGCGCCGGUAGAGGAGGUGGCGGUGGUGGCGGCGCCGGCAGUGGCAACUGCGGUGGCGGCGCCCGCCUCCACCUUUGCGGGGGCCAUCAGCGUGCCGCGUGUGCUGACGCGGCGCCGCUGCUACUGCCACCACCAGGACACACCUCCUGGUGAUGGAAGCGGCAGUAGCACUGACAACAACAGGGGUGCGGACACGAGCGGCGGCGGCGGCGGCUGCUACGGUCGCCGCCACCGCCGCCAUCGCAACCUCCUGCAUCAGCAGCCCCUGCCGGAGCUUACCCGACUGCGGCGCCCGGCUGUAGCAGGACUACUGCCAAUCAUGCAUGGCGGCGGCGGCGGCGCAUUGCUGAAGCAGACGCAGACGCCGGUGGCGGCGGCGGCCGCCACACCCGCACGCGACGGUUUUGGGUCGGGUGGAGGCGGCAAUGGCGGCGGUGGCGGCGGCGGCGGGCCUGGAGGGGCCGGGCGCACGGCGGCUGUAGAGGGCGCCGUACUGGCGGUUGGCCGGCCCCUGCGACUGAUAGUACCGUACGAGGUAAAAGCGGCGGCGAUGCAGAACGACCCCCACCAAGCCGCAACCGCCGCCGCCGUCGCCGCCAACUCCUCAUCCGCCGCCGCCAGGGCUAUGCCCCUGCUGGCACCUCAUUUGGACUUGGAACUGCUGCUACAGCCGGCGGCGGCAGAGGCGAUGGCGGUGGUGGCGGCGGAGUCGGCGGCGGCGGCGGCACCGAUGUCGCCUGCUACAGCUGGCGGUGUAGGCCCCACCGCCAGCUCCUGCUGGGUCAUGUACCUGGGCCCGCCGCCCGGCACCGGCACCGGCACCGGCACCGGCACCGGCACCGGCACCGGCACCGGCACCGGCACCGGCACCGGCACCGGCACCGGCACCGGCACCGGCACCGGCACCGGCACCGGCACCGGCACCGGCACCGGCACCGGCACCGGCACCGGCACCGGCACCGGCACCGGCACCGGCACCGGCACCGGCACCGGAGGCAACCCCAGCUUAUCACCAGCAGCAGCAACAGCAACAGCAGCAGCGGAGGGGGACGCGGCGCUGCUUUGUUACCACUUCGGGACAUGCGAGCUAGCGGCGGUGGUGGGGCCGGCAUCAGAGGUGCGGGCGCUGCUAGAAGAGGUCUCGGGGGCGACACUGCAGGAGGCUGUAGCAGGCGGCGGCGACAGCACUACGCUGGGUGGCAGUAGCAGCGUGGGCGGCAGUAGCAGCAGAAAGUGUGGUGGCGACGCUCAACAGCGGAGCGCACCAGGCAUGCUACAGCUCCAGCCCGCCGACAACGCGCCGGCAGGGCCAUACGAGGCCGUUGGUGGCGUGUGUGCGCCGCAGCCGCAGCCGCAGCCGCAGUCACAGCCGCAGCCGCAGCCACAGCCGCAGCCACCUCACAUGCCGGCGGCACUGUCGGGACCCUGGGCGCCCAUGGAGCCGCCUGCGCCUACCCCUCCCACGGCGCCCGCCGCAGCUCACAUGGCGUCUCCAGCCUUAUCACCGGCCUCGGCACCUGCACCUGCACCUGCACCCGCGCCCGCAUCCGCCGCUUCCGCCUCGCCGCCCCUCUCUGGGCUGCCGCCCCUCUCAGGGUUGCCGCCCCUCUCAGGGCUGCCGCUGCUGCCGCCGCUGCCGCCGCGCUGUCGGCGCCUGGGCGGCGUGCUGUCGGCUCAGGCGCCCGGCUCGGCUCUGGCGCUGCGGCUGCUGCUCGACCACAGCAUCCUGGAGGCCUUCGCACUCAGCAGCGGAGAGACCCUCACCACCCGCGUGAACCCGCCGCCGCCGGCGGCGGCGGCGGCCGCGGCACUGCCAGCAGCAGCGUCUCCGUCCGUACCGCAGCUGCCGCCCAAGCCUGCCGCCGCCGCGGCGCCUCCGGCGCUGCCGGUUUCACCGGCAGCGGCGGCCCGCAGGAGGGUCUGCAGCAGCAGCUUCCACAGUAGCUGCCAUGAAAUCAGCGGUAGCGGCUCUGAUGAGGGGUCUGCAGGGGGUGUGGUCAUGGCUAUGGGCGCGGCGGCGGCGGCGGCGGCGGGUGGCGGCGGGGCUGUGGCUGUGGGCCGGUGCCGUCUGUGGGCCAUGUCCUCGGCAUGGGAGAUGGAAACGUAGAGGGCGGCUAGUUGCAGGUGUCGAAGAGUUGAGGAAAGAUGGUGGUGUUACCCGUGUGCCCCGUGGUGGCGAUUGAGGAGGCGACGUUACAGUACGGUAGGUAGG